AGGCCCAUUGCCGAGGUCAAGGGGGCUCUCCCGCGCCCGGCCGGGGGCCCGUGCGGCCUACCCCCGGGGGGGGGGCGCGAUGUCGAGCUUGCUGAAGCACUCGCCGACCUUCCUCGUGGGGAACACAGAGCAGCGCUCGAUCCUCGACGUCUUCAAGAGGCGUGAGCAGGGAGUGGCUGAGGAGUGCCACAAGAACAAGCCUUUGUGCUUCCAGGGGCGUGCAUACCAGCUCACCCACCCGAGCAAGGUGGAGCGCGGCUGCACAGACGCUGAUGCGACGCUGGUCACGCCCAUGCUGGUGGGGGUGGCGGACGGCGUGUCGCAGAUCGAGGACUACGGCAUCAACCCUGCCGAGCUGCCGAACGAGCUCCUGGCAGAAUGCGCGGCGCUGGCCCUGAAGCAGCUGUACCCCGGCCCCCUGUUCUCAGACCAGGUAGACUACGCCGGCCCGAUCCCGCUCAUGCGAAGGGCAUUCGAAAACACGGACAGCCUGGGGUCCACGACGAUCCUGCUGGCCGUGCUGGACAACAGCACCAAGAUACACGGGAAACUGCAUCCCAUGAUUGCCGUGAUGUCCGUCGGCGACUGCGAGAUGCUGUUGUUAAGGAGAAAGGUGGGGCCGAUUGGGCCGCUCGAGCUGGUGUUCCAUACGGAGAUGCAGCGAAUCGAUGGCCACGCGCAGACCCCCCUGCAGGUGGCUCGUGUAGACGAUCGGGUAUACGAAGGAUUCGAUGAGAGGAUGACCAUAGACGUAAUCGAGAAGGGCAGCGCCGUCCACUGCAUGUGCAUAUUCGAAGGUGACAUUGUGCUGCUGGGCAGCGACGGCGUGUUCGACAACCUGUUUCUGCCGGAGCUUGUUGCCAUAUGUAACGAGAUGAUGCCGCCGGCGCAGGACGGGCAGUUCACCCCGACGGCGCCCGCCGUGCUGGAGAAGAUUGCGCGCCGCAUCGUCGCCGACUGCCACAAGAAGUGCAGCCUGCGGCCAGACGGC